AUGAAAAAUUUCAUUCGCAAACUCUCUUGUAUUAGUGACUCGUCUAGUUACACUCUCGUCCGAUCCAACUCAACCAAACCGCGACAUGCCGAAUCAGUCCAGUCCGAUUAUGUGCCCGAGGGACAUGUCCCGGUGUACGUGGGAGAAGAAAUGCAGCGGUUCGUUCUCAAUGCAGAGCUACUCAACCAUCCGGUUUUUGUGAACCUCCUCAACCUAUCGGCUCAAGAAUACGGUUACAAACAGAAAGGUGUGCUUCGAAUCCCAUGUCGUGUUUCCGUAUUUGAGCAAGUUCUUGAAGCAGUUCGACUCGGUCGUCAUCCACAAAUUAUCCGCGACCUCCUUGGUUCCUUAGCCGAUGAAGCUUCUUAA